AUGCGGCGCCCGUCGCUAGACCUGACCGAUCCCGCUCGCAACAUCGAAGAAUCUAAUGGGCAACCGGCUGCAGACAUGACCAUGGCGAACGCAGACCGCGCCCUCUCGCCGCCUGCGGAGGAGAUGGAAUUGGUCGACGGAGAGGUUGAGGAUACAAGGGUGUACACGCCGCCACCGCAUAUUGCAGCAAGACUGUUUUACCGGCCGAUGAACCAGACCCGGCGCAAAGACAGCGCCGCCUCGUCGCGCCGCAACAGCAUAUCCUCUGCCCACUCGCGAUCCUCGCAUGGGCAUGGCCUCAAUGGAGGGCCCCAGAGCAAAUACAUUGCCCAACAUCUCCGCCGGGCCUCAAUCCUCGAGGACCGCAAGGCACGGCUUGCCGACCGUGCUGCGCACGCCGAAAAGGUGCGCCUUCGAGCGGCACUCGCCAAGGCCGCACCAAGAGACUCCAGUGCUAGCGAAGAGAGGGCGCUUGCCGCCGCCCAGGCGCGGGAGCGCAACCUUGCCGAGAUUACCGCCGCAUGUGCGGAGGAGGUCAGGCGGGCGAAGGCGGUCGCUGAGAGCAUGAAGGAGAAGCGCGAACAGGAGAUUCGCAAGAUGAAGCUCCAGAUGGAGGAGCGCCUUGCCGAGGCGGAAAGGAGGAGGGAAGAGCUGCGCAGCCGAAACGCGGCCAAGGUGAAGGGAAGAGAACGCGGCCACAGCCUUGGGACCCGCAAGGCCCCCUCGCCGGAUGCGAUGUUGCCUGAAGUCCAAGAGGAGAAGGAAUGCGAGCCAACUCCCCUGACCGAAGAAGCCGCUGCUUCUAGGAUACAGUCAUAUUGGAAAGCCGGCAAGAGGAAACAGUCCGUGGCCGAGUUUUCGGCUCUGGGUUUGUCUCUGGAUGCGGUUCGGGAGACAUCGUUUGACGAGGUGACUCUGUUGCUCUCGCAGGAGAACGUGCUGGCAUUGACCGCACGUAUCCUUCGCAUUUGUGGACUCGAUGAGGGCAAGCCUGGGUCGGUGGAGGAGAUGGCUGCGGUGCGGUCCUUCCUGAGCGCCUUUCUCAUCCUCGGCCACCCGUCGCAAGUGCUCAGCAACAAGGAAGAAACGGAAAUCCUGGACGAGACUGGGCCAGGCCAAGCCCAUCCAAUGCCGAAAGACAACCUCGCAAAUCCUCAAUCGCAAGAGCUCGUCGGCAAGGCGCGAGAUCUGCUCGUCUUGUUCGAGAACAUCCUCGGCCGAUUGACAGCCUUUAACAACUACACUCCCCCACCAGCGCUGCUCGGAGAAUUCCCCGAAGUUUAUGCUACCUUCUACAAUGCCUUGAUCGCAUGGAAAGCUCGCGACUCGAGUUCGCUGGUCGGCUUGAUGGUCAUGCAGUUCGUUGAGUUGGAUGCCAUCUGGGAGUCCGUGAAAGACACCACGGACGGCUCGGUGGACCAAGUGUACAAGGAAAGUAUCCGUAACAAUCAGCUCCUGCUGCUUGUAAGGAUCAAGAAGCUAGCUGGUGCAUCCAGGGGGAAGAAACUCGUCGCGGACGCCGUAAAGGCUGCCCGUAAGACGAGGGUAAAGAAGCCGGUGGGGGACACUAAACCGCGUGUGGCGGAUCCCUCUGUCACAGAGACGGCCAUGGGGGUCCUCGGCGUCGAGGAUAACCACGAGACACAAACACAGACCCCAACGCCACCGGCAACGCCAUCAAAGAAACCGGAGCCCUUCCGCGUCAACGUCGUGGUUCCCAAUGCCAAGAGCUUGUUACCCGAGAACCGCAUCGUGGUCCAUGAGCUAGCCAUCAACAAGGAGUUCCGCACCGAACCGCACGAAUACCACAAACAACAGGAGCAUUUGCUUGCACCUCUCUUUCGCGAGAUGCGCGCCACUAUGGAGACCCACAACCAAGAAGCCCAUUUUUACCUGUUGUUGAAGGUUGCCGACCUGACCCGGGAGAAGCUCCAACGGCUUGUCAAGCCCGGCAACUCGAUGCAUACGUUUAUCGGCGAACUCCUGGAUACCGACAUCGCGCAGCGCCAGUUCAGCAUGGGAAGCUUCUCGUACGAGAAGUUCUUCCAGGCGAUGGGGACGUUGCUCCCGAAGCUCUGUGCUCCUGUCAGGGACGACGAGGUCAAGGCACUCGUGGAGGACAAGUUGAACCAGGGCAGCUACGUGGACCGCCUCGAGGCCCUCAAUGGCUUCAUUGACGUCAUGCUCAGUGACUACGCCAAUUACUUGCUACAACUUGCUGCGCCUCGCCUCAUUGAACAGGCCCCGACAUACGAGGCAAAGACCUUCGCCGACGACCUUGAAGCUGGCAGGCACGACCUCUCCGUUGCCACCAAAGCGUGGCGCGCAGCGCGGCAGAAGGGCCUAGCGGAGGCGGCGCGCCGCGACCCCGAGGGCAUCAAUCACCCCGCCUCACGGCUCACCGCCAACCGCAUCUACGCCCAACUCCUCGUCGACCUCUUCACCCAAGUCGCCCCCGUCCCACAAGACGAAACCCCCGAGAUGCUCCUCCUCGACCACAAGCGCAUCCUCGAAGCAGGCCAGCUCACGCGGCGCAUCAUCACGGCCGGCGCCAUCCUCCUGCAGUGCAAGAACCUCCUCAAGCGCGACGUGCGCGCCCCCUGGCGCACCGAGGCCCAGCGCAUCCUCGCCGUCCUCGAAAAACCCGACCUCACCCCCGACGCCGCCGCCGACGGCGUCAUGGCCGCCCUCGAGACCGGCCGCUCCAUGCCCGCCGCCACAAAACACCACCUGCGCGCGCUGGUCAACAAGUUCCUCGCCGCGAGCGCCGAGGCCGCUACCCCCGCGCCGCCGCCGCAGCAGCAGCAGCAGCGUGACUCAGCAGGACCCAGGGAGCCGGUGUUGCGGUUGCUGUUGGGCAGGUUGCGGGGGCAUGUCCUGGCCAGGCUGGCGGCGUCGUCGGCGAGCGAGAAGGUGAAGGCGACGAGUACCGCGGGCGAGAAGUUGGCGGGCUUGGGGCUGGCAGAGUUUGUGGAUAAGGUGAGGGAUAUGGUCGAUAUGAUGGGGCGGGUGUCGGUGGUGGAUCGGGAUGCGCACGGGUUGUGGUGGGAUCGAGGUUGCGGAGGCAGGUGGAGGAGGGAGGGCAGCUGCUGCCGCCGUGAGGUGGUGGGGUACUGGUGGUGUCUCGUGGCGAUCUUCAACCUGGGCGAGCCGGGCAGCGUCGAAUUGGGCGCGCUCGUAGACUGUAUCGAUAACAACAUCAUCAUCAUUUUCGCCCGACCCAGCCGACCCCGUGGCUCGCCGCCGGGAUGGGACAAGCUUGGACCAGACAUAACCAUUGGUACACGUGCUGUUGCCGAGAUCCAUGAUUAUCUGCGUGUGGCUGGCGUCAAGGGUUCGACCUCUACAACCUCCAGAGCACCCCGUGCGGCAACUUGUACGCUACGUGGUCCGCUCGUGAACCGUUCGGCUCCGGCAUCCCGCUUGACGCCACACCCGCCCCCUGGUAUACCUCACAACCAUUUGAAGGCCGCUGACGAGAUCAAAGUAGGUGGUCAGGGCCGCACGGCGGGGAGGUGCCGGGCAGGGGUGGGAUUGUGA